CAAUGGACGGCCGUAGUAAGGUGUCUGGUUACUCCCAGUCAGCCCACGCUCGCUGGGCAAAGGGAGGGGUUAUCCUGCUCCUCGGCCGUAAUGGUAACUCGGUUGCGCCCGCGGAGACUUCAGCGUUGAGCAGCUGGAUCCCAAAACGCGUCUUAUACGUGGAGCGCGAGGCGGAGGCCGCGUUCGUUCCCACCCGCGGCGUCUCGGGGAGCGGUGCCAUCACUUUGGGGGGGAUUUUUUUUUUAUUUUUCUGGAAAGGUGACGAACUAAACCUGUUGCCUGUCCGACUCCCGACUCGCCGUAGACUCUCCAAGAUGUUGCUUUGUGGAUGGGAUGGCGUCCGCUCCCGUGCUCGUGCGCACUCAUAGCCUCGUCGAAGUGCGAACGUCCCCCCCCCGGCUGGUUUCGUAGCUCUGUCCGGCUGGGAAGAUGCAUGUGUCCUUGGCAGAAGCCUUGGAGGUCCGAGGGGGUCCGCUCCAGGAGGAGGAAGUCUGGGCAGUGCUCAGCCAGAGUGCAGAGAGCCUCCAGGAGCUGUUCCACAAAGACCCCGCAGCGAUGGGCUUCAUCAUCUCUCCCUGGUCCCUCCUGCUCAUGCCCUCCGGCGGCAUCGCCUUCACAGACGAGUACGUCACCCAGCAGGACCUGAGAGCCUUCACAGCCCCAGAGGUGCUGGAGGGGACCUCCUUGGUGUCCGUGUCCGACAUGGAGAAGAUGCACAUGUACUCACUCGGGAUGACCCUGUUCUGGGGAGCAGACUACGAGAUCCCUCAAAGUCAGCCCAUGAAGCUGGGGGAGCACCUCAACAGCCUGCUGCUCAACAUGUGCGACGACGUCACGCUGAGCCGCAUGUCGCUGCGCACGGUGCUGGACAUCUGCAGCAAGCACAUCAGGAACUCCACCUGUGACCCCCCCUUCUCCUACAUCAGGAAGCUGGUGCGCCUGGUGCUGGGCAGCCUCUCCCAGCUGGACGGCCUCCUUACUGACCGAGAGUCCCUUCCAGAGCGGAGCAAGGAAAUCCGGGAGCGGCUGAGGGGCAAAGGCUUGCCCUCCGGGAGAAGUGCCGCCCCCCGGGUUCUGGAGCGCUACCGAGCCAGGACUCAGGAGCAGACGUCUCUUAACCGGGGUCUAAGUCGAUCCAUGGGGUCCCUGCCCAUCCAGGGUCUGUUGAAGGGGGACGAGAGGGCCGACCUCCACUUCUCACUGCCCGACUCCCAUGACUCGCCGAGUGAACACUAUCCCAAACACCCCUCGUCCCAGCAGGAACAGUCUUAUCCCUACCUGCACCCCCUUCACCCCCAGCAAAAAGGCCGCCCUGUGGAGCUGGAUCGGAGAUCUCUACCCUUCCACAGUAGGGACCCGGGCCCCAGCCAGGCCAGGAAGUCUUGGGCCUCCUCCGUGGAUUUAGCGUGCAUCGACCCAGAGGCUCUUCGCUUCGGAGCGUUGGAGGAUGCACGGAGAGGCAGCAGCGCCUUGAGCACCCACUCCGUGGGCAGACGCAGGGAGAGCCACUCGGUGUUCUCCGACUUUGGCGGCCUGAAGAGCAGGAAGCCCCACCACCACUCGGCCCUGUCCGUGGGCUCGGGCCUUCCCGGUGCCUAUGACAGAAUCAAGGAGAGACAGAGGAAACUGCAGGCGCUACGGCUAGCGGUCGAUGAUCCGGUCCACACCCACCAGAGGUACCACAGUGAUUACAGUUCAUCCAGCGAGAGCCCGUCGGUGACCUCCUCGGAUCCAGACUACAGGCAAGCCAGGAGGCCCGGCGACGCACGGCGCUACAGCUCCCAGCUCGCGCUGUCGUCCGAGCACGACGGCCUGCCGCUGACCAGACACAGGCAGCAUGAGGGGGCCGACGAGGGCCUGGCGGGAGCCGAGCUGCUCCUCCAGAAGCAGGAGGAGGAGGUGCAGCGUCUCCAGGCUCACCUGGCCAGCAGGCUGUCCAGGGCCUCCAACCUCUACACCACCGACGACCCCCUGGCUCCGUCGCACGCCUCGGUGCUCGACCUGCGAGACCCCUUCUACGGCCCGACGGCAGUCCGCAAGCACAAAAACUUCCACGGGCCUGAAUUCGUGAAGAUGGCCAGCGAGCCCUGCGUUGCCCUGUCUGUGCCCUCCUCAAUCAUGAAGCGAGGGCGGGUGGAGGAGGUGCAGAGGAAGGUGGGCGUCGUGCUGCUCAACGGCCAGAAGCUGGAGCUGAGCUGCGACGUGAAGGCGGUGUGCAAAGACGUCCUGGACAUGGUGGUGGCCCACAUCGGACUCGUUGAGCACCAUCUCUUCGGCCUUGCCUACCUCAGAGAGAAUGAGUUUUUCUUCGCUGAGCCUGAUGCCAAACUGUCCAAACUGGCCCCGGAGGGCUGGAAGGAGGAUCCUCGGAAGAAGAAAUCCGACGUGCCUUUCAACCUUUUCUUACGGAUCAAAUUCUUCCACGACGACGUUAAUCUCAUACAGCACGCUAUGACCAAACACCAGUACUACCUACAGCUGAGGAAGGACAUCUUGGAGGAGAGGAUGCGCUGUGACACAGAGAACGCCAUGUUGCUGGCUUCUCUGGCUCUGCAGGCUGAAUUCAGUGACUACCAGCCCGAGCUUCAUGGAAAGACCUAUUUCAGACUGGAGCACUACCUGCCGGUGUCUGUACUGGACAAGGCUGACCAGACCACCAUCAAGGAGGAGCUGCCAAAACUCCACAGCAACUACUAUGGAGCACCCGAGUCAGAGGCGGAGUUUGAGUUCCUCAAGGUGAGCCAGAGGCUGACGGAGUAUGGGGUCCACUUCCACCGGGUGUUUCCUGAGAAGAGGUCCCAGUCCGGCAUCAUGCUCGGCGUCUACUCCAAGGGGGUGCUCAUCUUCGAGGUCCUCAAUGGAAAUCGAACCCCGGUGCUCAGGUUCCCCUGGAGGGAGACCAAGAAGAUCUCCUUCACAAAAAAGAAGAUUUGCCUGCAGAACACAUCGGAUGGGAUCAAGCACGUGUUUCAGGCCGACAACAAGACGUGCCAGUAUCUGCUGCAGCUCUGCUCCGACCAGCACAAGUUCCACCUGCAGACGAAGGCCCGUCAAAACAACCAGGAGCUCCAGGACCUAGAGAACAGCCCCCUGAACAGUUUGCGCUAUUCCCCUGACACUCGGGGUGCAGACUUCAUAGAGAGACCACUGAGCCUGGCCCCCAGCUUAUCCACGCGCUCCAACCCGGACCACCUGAAGAGGAUCUCCUACUCGGAGGUGGCGCUCAACCGGGCGCCCUCCGGGCCCGUCGUCGUCCGGGAUGAGCUCCACUUUCCGGGUUUCAAUCCGACCGCCUCCGCGGCCCUUUCGAAUCCCCGCGCGAUGAGCCGCUCCCACCACAACCUGGCGCUGAUGCCCGAGUCCCCGGAGCACCAGCUGGCAGAGGGGCACCGCGGCCCGCCGGGCUUCGGACUGAGUCAGCCGCAGGCCGGCCAAGCGGCCGCCCACGUCCAGCAGCACCAGCGAGCCCUCUCAGACACAGACUCCCUGUCGCUCCAACAGGACAAGUCAUUUGGCACCGUGCCCCACAGCAGCACAGCCUGGAGCCUUAACCAGUCAAAGAAAGAAUCCGACUCGUCUUCCAUGGAAGAUACUGGCCAAGCAUAUGUAGUAGGAGUCAGUAUGCACAGCUCCUCUGGCCUGCCUUCAACCCCAGUGUCUGUCAAUGAUUCCCUCAAGAAAAAGCUCAGCGCUUUACCGUCCCCAGAGAGAGAAAUCACCACGGUAGCGCUGAAGAAAGACGUGAAGUACGGCCUGGGCUUCCAGGUGGUCGGGGGAGAGACCUCUGGUCGCGCGGGGCUCGGCACCAUCGUCAGCUCCGUCACCCCCGGUGGUCCUGCUGACGUCGACGGCUCCUUGAAACCCGGCGACCGGCUCAUAUCCGUCAACGACGUGAACGUGGAGGGCCUCUCUCACGCCAGCACCAUCGACAUGCUUCAAAGUUGUCCCGAUGACGUCACUCUGGUGGUGUCGCAGCCUAAAGAGCGGCUCUACAAAGAUUCUCCUCCAGGCUGCGUUCCCUAUCCGACCAAAUCCUCCCUGAAGUCGGUGAACUCGGGAUGUGAGCAGGACGUGGAUAGCUCGUCUGAGGAGCACGCAGGGAUGGGGAGCCCCAGCCUCCCCCCUCACAGCGCCGGACCACCGUCCACCGCCUCCUCCUCCUCCUCCUUCCACCAGGACGCCAGCCGCAGCUCCCAGGACUCCAGAGGCAGCAAUGCUAAAAUCAGCAGGCCCCCCGCUAACGGGGUGCAGCAGUGCCUGGCCAGAGCCACAGCUGCUAAAGCGGCAUCCGCAGCCCUGCACAGUAGACCAGAGCCUGACGUGGCUUCAGACCCUCCGCCGCCUGCUCUGCCGCCCAAGACCCGGAAAGCUCAGAAAGUGUCUGAAGCUCCCAAAGCGCCCGAGCAGUCGGACCGCGGGGACUCUGACUUGGAUGAGGAGGCUUUUUCCAGUAGUCAAGAAAAACUCAAGGUCAAAAAGGACAACCUCACGGAAAGUUUAAAUGGUAAUGCCCCAGGAGUCAGUAGUCUCUGUCCCGGAGAACUAUUUGACGUUGAGCUGUCGAAAAAAGACAGCAGCCUGGGCAUAAGUGUCACGGUACUGUUCGACAAGGGGGGAGUCAACACAGCUGUCCGACACGGAGGAGUCUAUGUCAAAGCUGUUCUGCCGAAAGGAGCCGCAGAGCUUGACGGGAGGAUACAGAAAGGCGAUCGUGUGGUGGCUGUCAAUGGGAAAAGCCUGGAGGGAGCCACUCAUCAACAAGCAGUGGAGACUCUGAGAGACACUGGCCAGACGGUGCACCUGUUGCUGGAGAGGGGUCAGCGGUCUGAGGACAGCGUCAGCGCGCCGCUCACGCCGCCAUCUGCUGGCAGCAAGCGAGAGCAGCCCAAGGCCAGAGAGCCGCCACGCGAGGUCAAAGACAAACCCGACUACAGCUUCGUCACGCGGGAUAAUGUCUUCGACGUGCGCCUGCUGAAGAACACGUCAGGCCUGGGCUUCAGUUUCAGCCGCGAGGAGAACGUCCCUGACGAGCCCCCCGGCUCCAGCAUGGUGCGGGUCAAGAAGCUGUUUCCCGGCCAGCCGGCUGCGGAGAGCGAGCGCAUCAACGUGGGCGACGUCAUCCUGCGGGUCAAUCAGACGCCCCUCAAGGGGCUCUCGCAGCAUGAGGUGAUAUCAGCCUUGCGCGGAACAGGUCAAGAUGUCACUCUGGUCCUUUGUAGACCUGAACACGGGGUUCUUCCUGAGAUGGACACUUCCAUUUUGACACCGGUGCCCUCACCUCGAAAGCAGCCAAUGGUCCAGCCAGAGCCCAGUCUGAGCGUAGACAGGGCGAGCACGCCUCCAGGUACACAGGGGAGGAGUCCAGGGCCCGUACAGGAGGCCCUGGAGAGGCUGAUGCUCAAAAGCCCCGGCCGACACAACAGCUACAGCGACAGUACCGACGGCGACGAGGAGGUGGAAGAAGCCUUCAGCCCUACGUCCCUGGAGCAGAGCAGGCAAACGUGGGAGCAGAGUGUCUACCAGACGCCCGGGAGCAACCUGGUUCGGUACGACAGCACCGAUCGGCUGGACGACACUAGCACCUCCGCCUUCUACUCCCCAAACCUGUCCAUGACCAGAUCGGACUCCAGUACAAGACAUGCUUCAUCUCCGGUGUCAGCUGAUCUGGAGUCAUCCCCCCUCCCCAUGAGGUCCUCUCCUCCCUCAGCACCAAGCCCGGAUCCACUACCCCCUCCGCUGCCUCUGCCCUUAAACCUCACUGCAUCUGGAAACGGACAGGACAUGGAGGAUUUUCUCCCGGAAGUAGUGCUGAUGGUCUCCUUGAUGAAGUCAGAAAAAGGCAGUCUGGGCUUCACCCUCACCAAAGGUAACGACCACGGCUGUUACAUCCACGACAUUGUCCAGAAUCCAGCCAAAGGAGAUGGAAGACUCAGGCCUGGGGACAGAAUGAUUAUGGUGAACAACACGGAUGUGAGCAAAAUGGGCCACACUGAGGUGGUCAGCCUUGUGCGUGCUGCCCCCCACAUGGUGGAUCUAGUGGUAGGGAGGAUCCUGGAGGCUCCCAACCCCCCCAUAGAAGCUCACCUGCUGCCUGACAUUGCUUUCAAAGGACAGCAGGAACCCCUUGGUUUGAUACUGGACGGUGGAAGCGACAGUGUUUAUGGGGUGUUGUUUGUGAGGGACAUCCUGCCAGAUUCACUGGUAUUUAAGGAGGGGAGCUUGAAACCGCUGGAUUUAAUCCACUACAUCAACGGCGCUCCCACCCAGGACCUGACUCUCAGUGAGAACAUGAGGCUGUUGGAACUCUCCCUCGACAACCUCACGCUAAAGGCCACAAGGGAUGGAAAGCCUGUUUUUCCUGGACAGAAAAGCGUCUCUUUUCUCAACAAUAACAUUAACAUGGCUCCAUCCAGCAUGAAUGGAUUUGUUACAGAGGAAGAUCCAAUAGACGCUGAACGACUGGCUGCACUUUGUCCAUUAGAGGAAGAAAUUAUUAAGGUGGAUUUAGAGAAACCACCAUCUGGAGGUCUUGGCUUCUCUGUGAUCGGAGGAGAGAGGGGGAUCUUUGUCAAGUCCAUCACCCCAGGAGGAGUAGCAGAGUCCUCAGGCAAGCUGCAGGUGGGAGACAGGCUGCUCAAAGUGAAUGAAGAGCUAAUGACAGGCGUGUCCCACACAAAAGCUGUCACCACCAUACGUAAAACCCGAGGUCUGGUCCAUCUUAUAGUGUCCAGGCCACCAGACCAGAGCCCAGACAUGUACCUGGGCUAUCUGCCUGUCAAUGCUGACAAGUGCAAUGGAAACACGGAUCUGAGUGAGGACAGUGGAGUGAGGACUAAGAUAAAGUCUGGAUGCCUUCCUCCCAUACCAGCAAUAGACUAUGAAGAUGCUCCGCUACCACGAAGAAGGGAGCCAGAGCACAGCGCUGAAUUUUCUGACACAGACUGUGAUGGUUCAUCUUUGCCUGAAGACUCUCCUAAGAGUUCCCGGAAGGGGGAAUGGCCAGAGGAGAGUGUUGACGACCCAAGAAAUGAAAACUAUCUGCAAAUGACAUCUGGACAACCAGAGGAGGAUGAAAUCACCUGGGGCAGUGAUGAACUGCCCAAUGAAGACAUGAACUCCAAAAUAAGAGAUGAUGGGCUGAUCAUCACAGAAGACGAGCUGACAUCUUUGCCCCUCGUCAGAGUGGUUCCCGACGGCCAGUAUACAGGACCAAAGCUCAACACCGUGGUCCGGAUGAUGAGGGGGCUUCUGGAGCAGAAGGUCCCACUGCAGGAGUUCGAGAAUCUGCAGAAUCUGCAGCCACUGGAUGACUGUUUAAUAGGGCAGACCAAAGAGAACAAGAAGAAGAACCGCUACAAGAAUAUUGUGCCCUUCGACACAACUAGAGUGGUCCUGGGCAAAGAUGGCGGCUACAUCAAUGCCAACUUCAUCAACAUGCCGGUGAAGGAUGAGAGCUUCAUGUACAUCGCCUGUCAGGGACCCUUACCCACCACGCUGGCAGACUUUUGGCAAAUGGUCUGGGAGCAGAAGUCCAAUGUGAUCGCCAUGAUGACCCAGGAGGUGGAGGGGGGCAAGGUGAAAUGCCAGCGGUACUGGCCGGACACACCGCGGGCAGCGGAGGUGGUGGGUGACAGGCUGCAGCUCACUCUCCUCAAAGACCAACAUUUAGACCACUUUGUCAUCCGACUCUUUGAGUUGAAGGACGUCCAGACUAAUGAGACACUGCACGUAACUCAUCUCAACUACACGGGUUGGCCCGACCAUGGAACGCCCACACAGCCCGAACAGCUGCUCACUUUUAUUUCAUAUAUGAGAUACGUUCAUCGAUCGGGACCUAUUAUCACACACUGCAGUGCAGGCAUUGGUCGGUCAGGAACACUCAUCUGUAUAGAUGUGGUCCUGGGUCUAAUCAGUAAAGAUGCUGAUUUUGAUAUUUCAGACGUCGUCAGAAAUAUGAGACUUCAGAGACACGGAAUGGUCCAGACAGAGGAUCAAUAUAUCUUCUGCUAUCAAGUGAUCCUCUACGUCCUCAGAUGCCUUCAAGCUGAAGAAAACAUCUCAGGAUAGCAGAAGCCACAUAUCAGCAACAUCUACAUGUAGAUGCUGAGUGACAGUUUUUUGUUUUUGUUUUUUGUUUUUCAGACGAGCAAAACAAAAAUGGAGCAGAGUUGACACAGGCAGAAAUUGCCAAAUGACACUAAAUGUUUUUAAAAUGCCUUAAAUAUUCAGUGUCUUGAGUGCAAAUCUUUUAUAGAAGUCUAUAUUUUUAUGUUUGCUUUUUGAGUUUUCUCUCUUUAUGGCUGCUACUCUUUUUCAAUGCAUUCAUGAGAACUGCUGAUUGUAUUGUCACUUACAUGAGAACAUUAAUGGUUUUUUUUCAAUUCAUGGAUAUUGUGAUUAUAAAGGCGAUCAAGAAUUUCUUAUUUUAUAAGGAACAAAAUUCUACUUGUGUAUUUUAAAUCCUAUUUUAAUGCUGGAACAUGCUUUGACAGAAUACUAUGUCAGUAUUUGCUCUGUAAAUGAGUUCUACAGAAACUUGCUCACUGCCUGAGACAAAUAAUGAAAUUAAAAGUGUACAUAUUCAUCUCCUAAAAAUUAAACUGGAUUCAUUUUAAACGUU